AUGGAGGAUAUUAACGCCCUUGACCUAUUAAAGGAAGAAUUAGAGACUGAGGAGAUUCACUUGAAAGUAAACGCUAUUCAUAGAAUCAAAACUGUAAUUCUGUGCAUUGGAGUAGACGACACCAUUAAGAAACUCAUACCCUUCCUUGAAAAUUUGAUUGAAAGAGAAGAUGAUGAGACUCUUUUUGCUAUUGCUGAAGAGCUAGGAAAGGUUUGGGAACUUUUACCAGACAAGACUUCAUUCCUUACACUGUUGGAAAAUUUAGCCAAGGUUGACGAAACUGUAGCUACUAAGUCAUUGACUACCAUCUCAAAAGCUCUUUCUGAUGCUGAAAUCUAGAAUGUGUUCGCUCCAAUGGUCAUUAGACUUGCCCAAGGUGAGUGGUUCACCGGAAGAGUAUCAUCCUGCGCACUAUUUUUCCCAGCCUAUACAAGAUCAAAUACUCAAAAGGAUAAGCUUAGAAAGAAGUUUAUCGAACUUUGCAAUGAAGACACUCCAAUGAUUAGAAGAGCAUGUGCAUCUAAGCUUGGAAUUUUUGCAACCCAACUUGAAAAGCAACAUUUAAUCUAAGAAAUUCUACCAAUUUUCAAGCAGCUAUCUCAAGAUGAGCAAGAUGCAAUUAGAGUACUUUGCUUAGAGAGCUUCAUCCCAAUGGCCAAGUACAUGACCAAAGAGGAGAAUUAGAUUCAUACUCUUGGCACUCUUGUUGCUGCAGGAGAGGAUAAAUCAUGGAAGGUUAGAUUGGCUUUUGCCAAGAACUUUGCAGAGUUGACUGAUGCUUUUGGAAAAGAAAUUACUGACAGCAACCUUAUUCAAGCAUUCACUCAGCUACUAAAUGAUGGUGAGCCAGAAGUAAAGAAUGCUGCUAUCCAGAGCAUGACUCUUUGCUUAAAGAAUCUAAGCACCGAGAAGAUCUGCAACACUCUUCUACCAACCCUAUAAAAUGCUUAUGCUGAUGCAUAAACCUCAUUUAAAGGAGGAGUUGCCAACGCUCUUAGUGAGAUGGCAGCAAUUGUCGGCAAAGACUACACUGUUCAAAAAGUCUUACCAAUUCUGAUGGAAUUAAUUAAGGACGAAAAUGCAGAUGUUAGACUAAAUGUCACUUAAGGUCUUAUUAAGGUUGCUUAAAUUGUUGGACCAGAGAUUCUCUCCCCCUCUUUCUUGACCACCUUGACAAACAUGACCAAGGAUGCUCAAUGGAGAGUAAGAAUGGCUGUCUUCGAACUAAUCGGAGAUCUAAGCAAGCUUUAUGGAAAGGAGGUUUUCACCAAGCAUCUUGAGAGUAUUUUCUUAACCUACUUGAACAACACAGCUGCCUCAGUAAGAGAGAUGGGCAUAAAGAAAGCUAAAGAAUUAGCAGAGAGAUUCAAGGCUGAUUGGAUUAACUCUAGCUUCAUUCCAAGAGUAAUUGAAGUAUUUAACGUUGAUAAGCAAGGCUAUAACUACAGAAUGUGCUGUCUUCAUUCACUUCAAGCUGUUAUGCCAUUCCUAAGCAAAGACUAAGUUGCAUCACAGGUACUCCCAGUUUUUGUAAAGGCAAUGAAAGACCCUAUUCCCAACGUUAGAUUCACCGUCGCCAAGAUCAUCCACAAGAUGAGGUCUAGCAUUGAUGCUUCCAGUGUUUCAUAGGUAAUCGUCCCAGGUCUUAAGGAAUUAGCUAACGAUUCAGAUAGAGAUGUCCAAUACUUCGCCACAGUCGCCCUUAAUGAUCUAUGA